AGGACUAAUCCCCCACCCACACACACACACACAACAAUCGAGACUCGAAACGACGGCUUCAUCCUGACUUCUCGCUCGCCCAGCUCAAUCGUGAGUAUGUGGCGCGUGUGUCUGUGGUACGUGGGAAAACACAUACAGCAGCAUUUCUCUCUUGUAGAAACUCAUGCGCAGAAGAGGUAGGCGUCUGCCGCUUUUCUUCCUUUUCUUUUUUUGAAGCACUUUAUUGUUGUUCAUGAUAGCGAUUAAGCGUAUACCUUUAUAUGUGCUGGUUUUUGUUGACCUCUUGUUUUUCUCCCCUCCUAAGCCUUUUCCUCUCUGUUUUGAGUUGUCCAGGUUUCGUCGUGUUGAGGCGUCGCCAACGCACCGGCCUCACCGGAGACAACUCAUCUUUGCCCUCGCUGUUGUCGCCUUUCCUUUCUCCUUUACGUUACAAUUAUUAUUAUUACUCCUGCAAAAGAAAAGAAAAAAAUAUCACACCAAACAACAGUAAGUAGUCAUUAGUCAAACAUGCGUGCAAAGCGACCGCUGCGCCGCACGGGGCCGUCGUUUGAUCUUCCGCAGCUCAAAUCGCACGUGCCGGAGGUGCAGGUACAACAAAAGAACGAGCAGGAGCUGAACAAAUUCUUCAUCGACAUUGAUGACAGCACGGUGUCGCCCAUGGUGACGACGGACCCAAGUUUCCGCUGUGCUAGCAUGUCCAACUUGAACUCGCUCAACGAUUUGACGUCACUCGACUCCACCGCUGGUCAGGGCAAGGCGUUGGAUUCUCAGAUGACUGUGGCGGAUGGACUGGCUCGCAAUGACGGCGCGUCCUCCUCGAGCGCCCUCGACAAAAGUGGCGGACGGUCGCCGAACUUGGGAGGACAACAAGGAGAGGCCAAGUUCAUCCACGUGAACAACACGAACAUCUUCGUUCUCAUUGAUGGCAUCUCCAUGUUUGUCGAGGGCAAAAGCACUUUCACCGGCACAGAGGAUGCGCGGCUCUUGACAGAGCGCCUGCGGCAGAAAAAGCAGGCCAUGCGCUCCGUCGAUACGGUGCAAGAGGCCAUCUUGAACAUUGAAAUGUCCGCCGAUGGCUGCGGACGGGAGGUGGUGUCCCUGGCGUCUCUCGCCGCUCCGCAAGGAGCGGCGACCGGCAACGCACAGCCGCUGCUGUUUCCCUCUACGCCUAUCCCGCCGUCGCCGGUGUUUCCGUCCAAGUCGUUUCCAGUCGCACCGGAAUGGGCAUCGCUUUUUGACGGUGCUACAAAGCCGCUCGGCUCUCCGCUGUUUUGUACCGCACGAGCAAUGACACUCGUGGGCAAGAGCGGCAGCAAUACCAACGUCAAUACCCCAGUGCGGGCUAGUACAUUCACACACGAGGUGCCACCCACCUCCGUCUCCGUGAAUUCUCAAGGCACCGCCCCGACGCCGGCAACGAUGCCGUCGCCUGCGACCGCCGUUACGCCGACGUCGGUGGUCUCGCCCAACACAGGAUUUAACGGGUCGGCGCGUUUAGGGCACUCGAACAGCUCACCGAGUCUGCGGCACCAGGACAGCUCCUCGUCGUUGGUAUCGAUGACCUCUGGUCGGGGACCGCGCCACGGCGGGGGACCCAACACCGUUAGCAACGGAGCACGAAGAGCGAAGCCGAUUUCCGCGAAGGACAUUGGGCACAGCAACCGAUCUUUAGACAUGGACGACGUUGUGAUUGAGGAGCUGAUCGGGAAGGGCACGCAGGGGACCGUGUUCCGCGUGCGGGUGGACGGCAAGGUGUACGCGAUGAAGUGCAUGAACAUUGACGAGGCGAUGAACGCCACGAAUGAUGUGGAGCGACAGGGGCGUAAGAAAGGUCUUGUGAAGGAGCUGACGAUGAUCAGCCUGCAGCGGUCUCGGCCACCGCCGGAGUACAUGAUGCAAAUGUUCAACGCCGUUGCCUCCCUCGACGUCGAGCAGAAGCAGCUCAGUAUUCUGAUGGAGCUGAUGUCGUUUGGGGUGGAGAGCAUUCAGCAAAUGGUCUCCCGCAUCCCAAAGGAGGAGCUGAUGGGGAUCGCGCAGUCGACUUUCCGCAAGUACAUGUCAGGCGACGCGGCGGCGAAGCAUCUGAUGAUGGAGCGACGUGCGGACCAAGCAAAGUACGGCUCCCCACGUCACGCGCUGGGGCGCAACGCGUACAACGAGCCGGCUGCGUGGGAGCGACAGGUCGAGCGGGAGACGCCGUUGCCGGAGGUAAUUCUCUCCAUGCUUGCCCACGACGUGCUGAAAGGGUUAAAUGAACUGCACACCGACUACUCGAUCAUCCACUGUGACUUGAAGCCCGACAAUGUACUGCUGUGCUACGAUCAGCAGCGGUUCAAGCUGGCCGAUUUCGGCUGCGGGUGUGUGAUGGAGGACAAACAGCACGUGGAACGACGCGGCAUUGAUCUUGGGUCGAUGCUGUACAAGGCACCGGAGCGCUUUGCGGCCAGCAUCGUGCACCGCGACAUGGACACGAACGAGUUUGUGUACGGAAGUGAGGCGGUGGUCGAGUUCACCGCCAAGGCAGACGUAUGGUCACUCGGCAUCAUGCUGCUCGAGCUCGCCUCUGGCAUUCACCCCUGUGCGCAAUUCAAAUCCGAUUUCUGGAACUACGGCAAUUUGCUGAGGCUCGCGAAGAUGAACAAGCCGCUGAACUGGUCUGAGGCGUUCUACGACUUCAUUCUGCGCUCCGUGUGCGUAGAUGUAUCGAUCCGGUGGUCCGUGGGGCAGCUCCUGAAGCACCCUUUCAUCGUCAACUUUGAUCACGUCCCGCGAGAGAAGCUGAAGCAGUUUGUGCAGCGCGUGGAGGCAGACAGCAAGAGCUUCCACAAGCGUCAGCAGCGCGAGCUGCUCAAGGAGCAGAUUCUCCUCAGCACAACGCGGCGGCACCGCGACACGUAUCGGCUGCAGAGCGAGAAGCAAUGGAGCGGUUUUACGGCCUACCUGAAACGCGGACCCCCAACAAUGGACCAAAAAAUGUUCCCACAGCUGCGACGCAGUUAG